GGAGGGUAUCAUUGGGAGACUCUCUUUGCAUACAAUUGGCUCAGAAUUGACGAAAGGCAUGCGACCGGUGGGAGAAAAGGCAGCCUUUGAUUGGCGCUGCUCGCUUGGCUGCUGUUGAGGCUGAGGCCGCUGAGCUGAGCUGAGGUUCGACAUUCUUUUAAGGCAUCUGUCUGCCUGGCCAUUAGCCUCCUCUUCAGCUACUUAUACUCUUUUCAACUCCGGCUCGAGCGAUUCCUUCUCUCUUCUUGCUGUGUGCAUUUGGCAGCUCGAUCUACUCUAAUAUCAUAUAUAUUUAAACCUAAGUAUACACUAUCCGAGCACUUACACCGGAUCGACAUCAACAGCUACGCGAGACGACAAGAUGGCGCUUACACUGCCGAAGAUCUUACUGAUUCUGCUGUCCAUCGCCGGCUUUUGGACUCUGUGGAUCUUUCCUUAUACCAAUGGGUUGUUGAAACUGCUUGGCCAACAGUCCGAACCCGGUGCCGUCAUUCCAGGUCCUACAGCGGCGCCGAUGAAGCAGACGUACACUGGCAUUGGACCCGUGGACAAGCAAUUGACGGUCCUGGUCAGCUUCUUCUACACGGCAAUCGACGGCAACCGAGCCGAUGUAUCGCUCUCCUUUCUGUACCUCGGUGGCCAAGUUCUUGCUGCCUGGGCCUUGAUCACCAUCGAAAGCUUGAGGGUAGGCAAUCGGGGCAAAUUCUUCCUUACUGCGACGACUUUGUUCGGGGUCGGAGUAGCCAUCGUCGGUUAUGCGUGCGUGGCGCCCUUGUGGUUUGCUCUUCACCUCUGGCUCUCGCCCGCCGCGGUGAAUCCAAAGGACUACCAAUUGAUCGUGGACGUGCCAAUUAAAUUGGCCAUCGCUCCGAUAAGUAUUCUCAUCGGGUUUGGGCUACCGUCACUUCUCAUGUGCCUCCCCGCGCCAACCAUGGUAUCUUUCGAGACCAAGCAGACCUGGACUGGCAUCCAACAAGGUUGGGCUAUCUGGAUCGGCGUCACCCAGCUCCUCCUGACGACUCUUGCCCUGACCCUCGACCAGCGAGCGUCCAUUCUGACCGAGGCUGACAAACGGGCCAAAACGAUCAAAUAUUUGCGCCGAGUAUAUGCAUUUGCGAUCGCUUCGUCAGCUGGUUCGCAUCUCGCUGCCUGGAGCUUGUCACUCCUCGCGUAUGCUUUCCCGGUUUUGUUCAGUCCGACGUACCUCUCGCAACUGCAGCCGGCUCAUAUCUUCGUGCCUGUUGUCCCAUUUGGACCUUACAAAGUGUCUGUGAUUGCGGAUGGCGCGCUUCCGUUCUUGCAAUGGGAUAUUGUGGUCGGAGUGGUGUCCACGCUGCUCUGGGGAUUGACUUUGCGUGUGGCGGCGAAGAAAGAGCAGGCAACUCCAGUUCAAGUCAUCAUUGGGGCGGUCAAGAUUGGGGUUAUCACGCUCGUGCUGGGCCCGUGUGGGACGGCUGCUGUGGCAUUGUGGAGUCGCGACGAAAUGGUCUUUCGCAGGUCAACCGCGGAGAGCAAGAAAAGCAAGAGCACUUGAAACUACUUUGGGCGUAGUCGCCAGGACUCGGCCGUCGGGAAGACGACUUCUGGGAUGGAAUGCAGCCUGGCUUGACAGGUAAUAUGCGUUGGGAAAUCGGAGGGCAAUGUUUUUGGAAAUGCGUACGCGAAGAUGGUUACUGCGGAGUUAAUCGGGAAAGAUUAUUCGUGGUAAUAAUUCACCUAGUUCUCGCCCAUACUGAAGGGCAUAGAAGGUAGUCAGUUCAAUACUUGGGUAUGCCGAAAUACGAUCCGGGGCCCCGGCAAGUUGUUUGGGGCACUAUCGGGAACAAACCGA